CGCCUGCAUCAUAACCUAGAAAACAAUAGAUUCAGGGAGAUUUCCUCUGUUGAUUCCUGGAGGGCAACUGGACCACCAACAGAAGGCUGAUGAUUAUUUGAUAACGAAUUUAGAGAAAUCUAGUUGUCGAUAAUGUUUAAAAAGUUCGAUGAGAAGGACAGUGUCUCGGGGGUUCAGCAGCUCAAAUCUUCGAUUCAGAAGGGGAUAAGGUCCAAAUUGCUCGAGCUGUAUCCUCACUUGGAGAGUUAUAUUGAUCAGAUAAUUCCGAAGAAGGAUGCAUUUCGUCUAGUGAAAUGUCAUGAUCACAUCGAGAUCAUGGUGAAUGCUGCUGGGGAGUUGUUGUUCUUCAGACAAAGAGAGGGGCCCUGGAUGCCAACCCUGAGAUUAUUGCACAAAUAUCCAUUUUUCUUACCAGUAGAACAAGUCGAUAAGGGCGCCAUAAGGUUUGUCCUCAGUGGGGCUAAUAUAAUGUGUCCAGGAUUGACAUCGAAAGGAGCCAAGAUGACACCAGUGACCAAAGGAACUGUUGUCGCUGUGAUGGCAGAGGGGAAGCAGCACGCACUAGCUGUUGGUGUCACAGCUCUGUCCACCGAAGACAUAGCAAAGGUAAACAAAGGAAUAGGUAUUGAAAAUUGUCAUUAUCUUAACGAUGGCCUGUGGCAAAUGAAAGCUGUAAAAUAAGAUUAAUAAAAACCUCUGAACGUUCUUAUUCUAA